AUGCGCAAAGCAUCCAUGCUAGAUAGUCCCGAAUGGCUAGCCGUCACAGUAAAAGCCGCCAGAUUCGACCCCUAUGUCGCUCUUCUAGACGUAUGCAUAGGCAUUCCGCGGCUCCUCGAGCGCACCGACGACCUCGCCAAAGCCGGAAACCCUCCCGACCAAAUCACCUCACUAAUCGCCGACUCGGAAGCCCUCGUCGCCCACGCCUUCACAUGGCUCUCCAACUUCGAGAAAAACGGCCCGCGUUACGACAUGGUCCCGCUCUCCACCUUCCCGACCUUCUUCGACAUCUGCGCAGACCGCGUAUUUGACCCCGUCUUCGACUUUCAUUAUUUCGGUGCGGGCAUUUGCUACCUCAUCUACUGGAUGAGCAUGCUCAUCCUGCAAUCCAACACAUUCAAACUCCUACGCCAACACCGCCAUCUCGAGCUCAAGCAGCUGAUGAUGUGGGACCGCCAGCUCGGCGGCUACGCCGACAGCAUCUGUCGGAGCGUGCCGUAUAAUUGCCGGGCAGUGACGGGCUACGCAGCGAAGUUUGGGAGCUUGACGCCGCUUGUGGUUGCGCGCAAGUACUUUGAAAUGAAGGGUGCGGCAAAGGAGAAGGAGGCUAAGUGGUGCGAGGAGGUGUAUGUGGCGGCGAGGGUGCCGGGGUUGUAUUCGACGCCGGUGCCGUUGGAGCCAUUGAAGGGGGUCAAGGAGACAGUGGAUGGGGGGACUAAGAAGUAUAUUUGA